UAUGCUUUGUUCCACAAAUACACAGAGAUGACAGAAAGGGAAGACGUAAUGGAGCGUUCUCGAGCGUCCUUGCAAUGAACAUCGUAUCAUUCGACGGUUUUUACAGACGGGAGUUGCAAUGAAGGCGGGGGCCUCCUCCAUGUGGGCGUCAUGUUGCGGGCUGUUGAACGAGGUGAUGGGCACAGGGGCAGUCCGCACCCAGCAGCCAGGCUUUGGAGCUGGAGCCGGGCCGUUCCGCUUCGCCCCCAGCGCUGGAUACUCCACCUACCCCCCCGCCAGCUCCACCUCAGGAAGCACAGGCCUGGUGUGCAAAGCUUGUGGACUUGCCUUCUCGGUGUUCCGACGAAAGCACGUUUGCCUGGACUGUAAGAAGAGCUUCUGCACGCUGUGCUCCGUGCUGCAGGAGAACCUGCGCCGCUGUGCCACCUGCCACCUGCUGUGGGGCACGGCCUUCCAGCGGCCGCGGUUAAUGCGACUCCGCGUCAAAGACCUGCGGCAGUACCUCAUGCUGCGAAACAUCAACACGGACACAUGCAGGGAGAAGCAGGACCUGGUGGACCUGGUGCUCUGUCAUCUGGGUGCCGAGCUGGAGAUGGGGGAAGAUGAGGAAGAGGAGGAGGAAGCUGAAGCGGACACGGACAGCCUGCACUCUCUCCCGCGUUCCCUCUCCACCCCGUCUGCCCCUGCGGUGCGGUCCGCCUCGCAACAGUCAGCGCUGUCUGGAAUCGCCUCUCAGGGAGAAGCUCUAAGCCGCAGCGAUAGCUCAGGGACAACCAGUCAGGACCAUGGAGAUGCUGCGUCGGUUUCUCUUCUUAACCUGGAACCUCAUGAAGACAUACUAGAGGCGAGUCCAGCGACGCAGAGACGGGCGCGCGCCUCCCUUUCAGAUCUGGCUCACGAAGCCGACAUCGAGAGUCUGACAGUACGGCAGCUGAAGGAGAUCCUCGCACGAAACUUCGUCAACUAUUCAGGUUGCUGUGAGAAGUGGGAGCUGGUGGAGCGCGUCCAUCGACUCUACAGAGAAAACGAACACAACAGAAGAUCAAUGGAAAAUGUUAGCAACAGUCAAUCUGCAGUCAUAGCCUAUCCUCCUUCUAUAUGCAAUGGAGGGAUUGGAGAUGGUGUUGCAGCGGCUCAGCUGGGCGGCGUUGACGAGAACCUGUGUCGGAUCUGCAUGGAUGCGGUGAUAGACUGCGUCCUGCUGGAGUGCGGUCACAUGGUCACCUGCACCAAGUGCGGCAAGAGGAUGAACGAGUGCCCCAUCUGCAGGCAGUACGUGGUGCGGGCGGUACACGUCUUCAAGUCAUAACGCCGGCCUCACUUCUACUGGAACACCAAAACAUCGAUGGACAUAUGCAGUAUGGGGCUAUGACUGGACUAUGUGACCGCCCCUUUAGCUAAAAGAGUCGUGGAAACCAGUACAGCGCACACUGUUUAGUGCGUGACCAUUAUCGGCUGCCCUUUUUGUUUUCGUUGACACUUAUGCUUUUAAAUUCUGCGCUUACUAACCCAGGGAAGUUGGAUUUUAGAAUAAUAAAAUAUAUGGGUAUGAAAAAUUAAUUCGUUUACAGUCCUGUAAACAUGUGGAAAUGUCUUAUCGUAUGUGCAAUAUUAGAAAUCUUUACGUGUGCGUGCAGAGAAACCGAUUGCCGUUAAGGUGCAUGUUGUCGUAGCAACACUGAAGACCAAUGCCGUGAAGGGGGAACAUGGGUGCCAAAGUAGAAAAGGCUUCUGGAUGUGCUAUGAUUACUUAUUGUGUUAUGUUCUUGUUUUGAAUCCGCUUGCCAUGCCACCGUUUAGCACAUGUGACACCAGCCAGCAGUGAAGUUAUCGGCAGCGAUGGUGACUGUUAGUCUAAAGAAACUUCAUCGUAUAUUUUUCAAGUCACUGAAAUCCAGCAUCUGCCUUUAUGUAGCUUAUUACUCGAACCUCAAUUUAUUGCGAAUCGAACGUGUACCUGUAAAACGUGAGGUGUGUGUGGUUAGUCCGGCUCCGUUUUAUUUUGUGGAUAAGACACUGUAAAGUGCACAAAGUCAUUUUUUGUUUGUUUGGCGAACACUAAUUUAUCCUGGCUAACAUUUUUAUUGAUCAGUUUCAUUCUAGACACUUACACUACCAGCCAUGUUUGCUUUGCAAGAGAAGAUAUAAUAUCAUAAUAACGUGAUUACCAAGAAGUAUUCGAAUAGUGUGAUAAAGUCUCUGAUAUGAUUUGAGUUUUCAUCUCAUAAGGGUUGACACCAUUUUAAACAUACGUUUCAGAGCACAGUUGAUGUUUGUAAAUCCAAAGCAUUUUACUUUGUUCAAAACAAAAAUCUAAAAGUCUAAAACAAAAAUUACUUUGUGCACCCUUUAUUGGUCACACAACAUUUACAAAAUAUUACAUCACUGACCUGCUUCACUGUUCUUCAUGUCAAGCAAUACCAGAACAAACAUCCUUUGGUGUGUUAUGUCAGAGCAAAAUGUGUGUGGACAUUUUCCAACGAUUCCCACAAGCGGUGCUACAUGGAUUUCUUCAUCACAGUUCUUCAAUGGAUUUAAAACAAAAUGAUUUCACGUUUGACUUGGUUUGAUGCUAAGUUUGAUUUCUUCCCCUCUUUUGUGCAUAUUCAUGUCUAUAUAUUUUUAAAAUGAUAAGUAGUUUAUCAUAUAAUUAGUUUAGAUGCCCUUUGUUCUGCUGUGAAUUAUGUAAUCUGUGGUAUUGCCUAGAAAAACAAAUAUAAAGGAAAAUUGAAUUAAAUCACGAUAUACAAUGUACAUUCGUGGAUAUAUUUACCUGUUAUUUUAACAUAAAUUUAAAUUUUCCUUCCCCCUUUCAGCAUUCCGGGAUGUAAACAGCAUUCUUUUAGUGGGUUAUCUUUUAAACCAGUCACAAAGAAAAUACUACAGUCGGAUUGAUUGUGUCCGGGUGUCACAUCCAUAUACUUUUCUUUGUGUUAAAACCUCUCCACACCUGUGUACCCAACAUUGACACUGUGCAUACAAAUAUGUUUCUAAUGCUGCUAUCUCUAAAGAUGUCACUCACAGUUGGCAACUACUCUAGCUGAGAAGACAAUGGACAUCACACUCUUUAAAUUACUUCAACUGAACGCCGGAGGAUGUUUUGGGGUCUGGUCUUUGUAUUUUGGAAUGUUGGAACUUUUUAUUUUGGUAAUUCAAAGAUGAUUUAUGAACUUUAAUAAAAUAUGGUAUCUUGA